GUUUGUCUCUUAACAAUACUUGUUAGUAGGACCAAUUUGUUGUUGGUUUUGGUCGUUUGUUGAUACUAAGAAAAAUGUGGAGUAUCAUGAACGUUAUCCUGUUAGGGGACUGAAAUGACAACUGUAAAUUUUCUGUAAUAAGACUUUUAUUUUGCCUGUAACACAGUCCCUAUAGGCUGAAUGUUGCCAUCUGCCACUGUUUAGCCCUGCUUAGCCCAGUUUUACACUGAGGGGCCAGACAAGGCCAAACAGAGCUUAGUGUUUUCAUUCAUUUCCCCAUUAGCUGUAAACUUCCUGUGUGUGUGUGUGUUGCCUGUGCAGAUUAGAAAACAUAGUUCACUUUCAUUGUAUUGAUCCAAUAGUGCUGGAAAUGAUUAAGUGAAUUCAAUACAGGUUUGGGUCAAAAUUAGCUGUAUGGUGUUUUUCUCUGGCCUCUAGAAAUGUUACCUGCACAAACAAAUCAACACGUGACUAACUUUUCAGUUUACUGUGGUUUAAUCACCACACUUAUCUCUUGAAACGAGUCACAAUUUUAAAUUCAACAGCUCCAUCUCCCUGGUCAGACUCCAUGGAGAGGGUACGCCAUGAUGUCCAUUGCGCAUGCUCAAUGCGCAGUGGAAGCCAUGUUGGAGCUACAUUGGAUUCAGGCUGGGAUUUUCUGACGCCGUAUGUUUUUCUUAAAAUAUCUGUUUUCAUAUAUUGUUGGGGUUCGUCAACCGUGCGCGAUCGGCGCCGUAAUCGGCAGUGGAAAUGAUGAACUCCAGUGUCGAUCUGUCCCGGCGGAAUCCGCAGGAGGAUUUCGAGCUGAUCCAGAGGAUAGGAAGCGGCACAUACGGAGAUGUGUACAAGGCUCGUAAUGUAAACACAGGAGAGCUGGCUGCUAUCAAAGUCAUCAAACUGGAACCCGGUGAGGACUUUGCUGUCGUCCAGCAGGAGAUUAUAAUGAUGAAGGACUGUAAACACUCCAACAUCGUAGCCUAUUUUGGCAGUUAUCUCCGGAGAGAUAAGUUAUGGAUCAGUAUGGAGUACUGUGGAGGAGGUUCUCUGCAGGAUAUCUAUCACGUAACCGGCCCUUUGUCAGAGUCACAGAUAGCCUACAUGUCACGGGAGACCCUGCAGGGUUUAUACUACCUACAUAAUAAAGGCAAAAUGCACAGAGACAUCAAGGGAGCCAACAUCCUCCUGACAGACAACGGCUAUGUUAAACUAGCUGACUUUGGUGUAUCGGCCCAGAUCACAGCAACUCUAGCCAAGAGGAAGUCGUUCAUUGGAACUCCGUACUGGAUGGCUCCAGAGGUAGCAGCAGUAGAGAGAAAAGGAGGUUACAACCAGCUGUGUGAUAUUUGGGCUGUGGGCAUUACUGCAAUAGAGCUUGCUGAACUACAGCCACCCAUGUUUGACCUGCACCCCAUGAGGGCUCUCUUCUUAAUGACCAAGAGUAAUUUCCAGCCUCCUAAGUUGAAAGAUAAACUCAAGUGGACAAACAACUUCCACCAUUUUGUCAAACUAGCCCUGACCAAGAACCCAAAGAAGAGGCCCACAGCUGAGAAACUGCUGCAGCACCCUUUUGUGUCCCAGCCUCUCAGCAGGACGCUGGCAAUAGAGUUGCUGGACAAAGCCAACAACCCUGACCACAGCACCUACAAUGACUUUGAUGAUGAUGACCCUGAACCAGAGUUUAAGUACAGGGGUCAUUUCCUACCCAUAAGCCCCGGUGCUCGACGUGCACCCCGUUUUGCAGCCCGUAGGAAGUCUCCGGUCUCUGUUCCUCAUCGUAUUCGCUCCACCAGCAGGAGCACCAGGGAGGGAAAGACGCUGUCAGAGAUUAACUUUGGUCAGGUGAAGUUUGAUCCUCCAUUGAGAAAGGAGACAGAACCUCACCAUGAACCGUGUGAUUCUGAGCCCUAUCUGGACUGUGUUGAGGAGCACUACUAUACCGCGAGAUCUAAUCUGGACUUGCAGUUGGAGUACGGGCACGAUUCACCAAGUCUACUGGGAGGAAACAAGAGUCUUCUCAAAUCUGUGGAGGAGGAGCUAAAGCAGAGGGGCCAUGUGGCACACUUAGGGGAUGAUGAGGAUGAGGAUGAUGAUGGUGCAGAUGAUGAUGAAACUCACACUCAUAAAUCAAGCACUAUCAUGAGGCCAAAGGUCCCACCCCCACUUCCUCCCAAGCCGAAGUCGAUCUGCUCGUCCCAACAGCAGCAGCAACAAAAACAUGACGAUAGCCAAUCACACAGCGAGGACGACGGUGGAGGGACCAUCAAGCGCUGUCCAGCCGCAGAGACGCCGAGCCCCGCCAAGCCCGCCUCCAACGUCCCCCCGCGGCCUCCGCCCCCAAAGCUGCCGCCCCACCGUCGCAGUAGCCUAGGUAACGAGAGCCCCAAGCGCACGGACGUCGAAAACUCUGCCCCAGAGGAUGAUGGGAGCUUUAGGCAUUUCUGGGAGUGGCUCCACACGCCUCACACAGACGAGGAGCUGGAGGAGGCGUGGGAGGUGCUGAAGGAGGUGAAAGAGGAGCAGGGAAAAGAGGAGGAAAAGGAAGAGAGUAAUGGGCUGAACUCUCCACACAGUGGAGAGAGGGACAGUCCAGCAGACAGACAGUCCACUAUGCCCCCUAGUGUCCCCAUACGGAAAGACAAGAAGGAUGUUCCGAAGCCAAUCAGUAAUGGCCUUCCCCCUACACCCAAAGUCCAUAUGGGUGCGUGUUUCUCUAAGGUGUUCAACGGCUGUCCUUUGAAGAUCCACUGUGCCACUUCCUGGAUCAAUCCCGACACCAGAGACCAGUAUUUGAUAUUCGGAGCUGAAGAGGGAAUCUACACAUUAAAUCUUAAUGAGCUGCAUGAGACCUCGAUGGAACAGCUCUUUCCUCGGCGGUGUACCUGGCUAUAUGUCAUGAACAAUUGUCUUCUUUCCAUAUCUGGAAAAGCCUCUCAGCUGUACUCCCAUAGUCUGAGCGGGCUGUUCGAACAGGCCAGACAGUUACAGAAGUUACCAGUAGCCAUUCCCACACACAAGCUGCCUGAUAAGAUGAUUCCCAGGAAGUUUGCUGUGUCAAAUAAAAUUCCAGACACUAAAGGGUGCCAAAAGUGCUGCGUAGUUCGUAACCCAUACACAGGCCAUAAGUACCUCUGUGGAGCCUUUCAGUCUAGUGUCAUGCUGUUGGAGUGGGUGGAGUCCAUGCAGAAGUUCAUGCUCAUCAAGAACAUUGACUUCCCAUUGCCGUGUCCGUUGGAGGUCUUUGAGAUGUUGGUGGUCCCGGAGCAGACUUACCCUCUGAUCUGUGUGGCGGUCAGUAAAGGCACCGAACUCAACCAGGUGGUCCGGUUUGGCACUGUCAACCCCAACUCUACCUCCUCCUGGUUCACAGAAGCAGACACACCACAGACCUGUGUGAUCCACGUCACUCAGCUAGAGAGAGACACUAUCCUAGUUUGCCUCGACAGGUGUAUAAAGAUAGUGAACCUCCAGGGCAGGUUGAAAUCCAGCAGGAAAUUGUCAGCCGAGCUCACCUUCAACUUCCAGAUCGAAUCCACAGUUUGUCUGCAAGACAGUGUACUGGCCUUCUGGAGGCAUGGCAUGCAGGGACGGAGUUUCAAGACCAAUGAGAUCACCCAGGAGAUCUCUGACAGCACACGCAUCUUCAGACUACUGGGAUCAGACAGACGUGCCGACUGUAGAGAUCCAGAGGCCAAGGAUAGAGGCCUCACUCUGCCCAGGGUGGUGGUGCUGGAGAGCAGGCCUACAGACAACCCUACAGCCCACAGCAACCUCUACAUCCUGGCAGGCCAUGAAAACAGCUACUGAGACACACACACACACACACACACACAUACACACAAACAAACACACACGCACAUAAAUACACUCUCUAAACAGCCUACCACUAAUGCAAACAACGGCGUGAGCAACCGGGAGACACACUCAGCCCAAGCCUACCGUUAACUGGGAGAUGAGCCGUUCGUGGGUGCAGAUGUGUAUUCCCAGUUGCAGACAUUUAAAAUGCACCGCAGUGUUACAUGUGUAUUAGCUAAGCGUGUUGUAGUAGGACCAGUUUCUGACAGGGCGAGGGUUAAAACUGCUGGUCUGAGGCCAGUUUGGGUUGAGAUAGCCGGGGAAUCUCUUCUCUGACUUCAACCCAGAAUCCUUCCUGAUACCAUCCCACCUUCCUCUGCAUACUGCACACUGGGAAAACCGCAUCCAGCACAGAAGUCUGACUUCAACACUACUUCUACUACUAGUUCUACACAUACUACUACUGCUACUGCUUUGCGCUUAAGCUUCACAGAAGAGCCAUCUUGCACAGAAAACCUUUCUCUCCUUCAUCGUCCUUUCCUCUGUCUCCCUCUUCCUCUUUCCUUUCCUCUCUUUGUUUUUUUAAACUACACCUUUAUUUAUUGUGGCAUGAUGUAACUUUAACAACCAGAAUGGCUUUCCUGUUUUAUUAGGUUUUUUUUUAAAAAAAGGAUUAAAAAAGAGAAAACAGACAAAAAAGUUUUGCCACCUCUGCUAGCAUCGAAUUCCAAUACCCGUCACCACACCACACAAGUGCUUAAUUGACCUCUAUUUAAUUGUUGUAAAUAUAAAUGUAGUAUUUUUUUGACAGAGACGAACACUAAAAAGACUGGUCAUGUAGAUAGGUGUGUGUAUAGUUGCUCUGUACAAAUGAGGAGACAAACAGAGAGACAGACAGACAGACAGAGUGACAGGGGCAGUAAAUUCACUUCCUAGUUCCCUGAUCAUGUGAGGAGGGUCAGGAAGCAAAGACCUCUUGUAGUCUCCUCAGGUGGACAGUUUUAGUAAUCUGAUAUUACUCUAAUAACAAUCUGGAGCUCAGGAUUGGACUGAGCAAACGCAGGAAGCAGCAGAGAUUGGUCAUCUUCAUUUUGCAUGCAUCACCAUCAACACUUCCUGCUCGUUUGCACCUUAGCAACAGUCGUCAGGGCAGCGGACGUUACAAGUUCUGUUCAUUUAAGUUUGUUUCUCUUGUUUUGACUUCAUCCUUUUCAUUUUUUAAUGCUGUUUUAAUCAGAAAGUUUUGUUUUUUUUUCUUUGAUGCCAUUUUUUACUUUUAUUUCACCACUGGUGUUAAAGAUUUGCACAGAGAAAAGGUAUUUGACAAACAAAUGUGAUGUCAUUAUAAUAUAUGACCUUGUGUGUGUGUGUGUGUGUGUGUGUGUGUGUGUGUGUGUGUGUGUGUGUGUACGUAGACAUAGAAUAUACACAUACAAGUGCAUCAUGUACAGAUCUGGUCUUUAACAAGAGACAGUUGUGUUUCUGCCAGAGAGAAAAAAACAAGAAAAAAGCUGGAUUUACACAGAAGGAAAAAUCAUUUAUAUUUAUCCAGUAGACCUGGUAUAUAUUAGCCAUUAGCCAUCAUUUCUAGCAUUAAAUUUAAUUUCUGUGGAAUUCCACAUGGGUGGAGUAUAACCCGUGGCAGAAAACCCCUCCCAUAUGGUAUUCCAAAGAGGAUUAAACAAACGCUAAGAAUUGUUUUAAAAUAGUGCUUGAAAAAUAUCUAUCAAGCUAGGACAAGAUCACAUUCAGGCCAGAUAAAACUUACUUACUGUACAGAGUAAAAUGAGGAGCUAAAGGCCCAACUCCCAUUUUUAGCUAGCUUCUGUUCUACUAGCCUCCAAAACAAAAUAGAUUUUCUCAUAGAAGACAGCUAAAACCAGAUUCUGGGUAAAUAGGUGUGCACUACUAUGCUGGACACACUGAAUACAUUGUCAUUAAGAAACAAAUGUUUUGUUUCUUAAUGACAAUUAAGAAUUAAACAAGCAUUAAACAUCUCUCGAGUCUUACACAGGAAAGCGCUGUCAUAGUUGUUCAAUGCUAACAAAAUAAUUAGUUUUUAUCUUUGUUAAAAGGUGCUCAACUUUUGUUAUCUGAAAUACUAGUAGAUACCAAUUUAGCUUUCAUUAUGGACAGAACACUUUAUUAUGUGUUUCACCUUUUCCAGAAAGAACUAUUAAUGAAACACACUGAGCAAUGAAUGCUACUAGAACAGAAGCUAGCCCAGAAGUGGGGCGGGAACUUAAAUUUCUGUGUAAAUCCAAAUGUUUUAUUCAUUUUAUCCAUAUUUGGAGAACUUCAGCCUACAUUGCUGUGACUUCCGUAUGAGGGAUCACACUACAUGCAUGUAGAUGUGCACUGUAGAGUCUACAUGUGGCAGUACACUACCAGUCUUUACAAGCUGUGACACUAGAGGUUGCUUCAGAGGACAUGAACACUAGUUUAGCUGAACUUAACUCAGACACCGUCGCUAAACCUCAAAUCUUACAGAGCUGAAAAGUUUGGGUUCAUUUUUCAAGUGUACCACUUUCCAGAAGCCAGUUUCUCAUUCAUUUCUUAAUUUUCUCCUUAGAAAGACACGUAUAAGCUUAUAACUGAACCAACCAGCUGCGAGACGGAAAUUACCAAAAUACAGUAUAUGUAUACAAACAAAAACAACACACGUGCAAGAUUGCUGAAAUACUUUAAAAGUUAAUGAACUGCUCUUCACAUGCAGCAUUGAGUGACUUAAUCAGAUCAGUAACUGAAACUAAAUAUCAAUAAUAUAUUGAUUACUGUCCCACUACAGAAACAGUAAUAUCUCUAAAUUUAAAGGGAAAUGUGGUGUUUUAUAAGAAUGUGGUAACGCAGCCUGAUUUCUUAUGCUGAAACAAAAAUCCUCUUUCUGCUGUCAUCUGGUGGUUUAUGUUCACCACGUGACACCAAUCCCUAACCCAAAGUGACCCAACACGACUACAAUGGAGUGUUUCAAAAACAGAAGAUUUAAUAUAUCAUCAGUCUGUAAAAACAAAGCUGAAAUCCAAUUGACACAAUAGGAAAGGUAAGCUAUGGAGUAAAUGGAAAAUGUAUUAAUGGAUGACAACAUUUCAGCUCUGUAUAGACGUGUCACUGAGUGUUAGUAAGGUCGUUGUAAAUGGGACAUGUUGCCAUGUUGGGGGACUGACAAUUUAAGAAAAGAAUCUAACAGCUUUCUGGUCCUCCUUGACCUCUUAUUACCCCUUGGUACAGUGAAAUUUGAUUUCCUUCCACUGCUCAGAAAGUGGAUACAUCAUAAUCUAACCCUUUUUUCGUCACUUUACCAACAUGACAGUGUGUCCCUCCUCUUAACAUUCAGUGACAGCAAUCACACCAAUGCCCCGACACACAAUUUCACUAUGUUUUCAUGGGGUUUAUUUGUUAAUAAACAGAUCAUCUCACUGGAUUCCAGCUCCUAAUGCUUUACUACACUGUCGUGGUGAAGUAGCUAAAACAGGCAUAGUGUAGUUAAGUGUAGAGAGCUUGAAUUGACUGUGAGGACAUAAAUUAUUUAUCGCCUGUGCACACUUUUCUUGUAUAAAAUGUAUGUGUGUUGCUUUGCACCUGGAAAAUGUCAGAAAAAUUAUUCAUACAAGACAUUAAGAUCGCACACUUAAUUGCCAUGUAGUAAGUUUGGAGUGGAAAAUGUAUUCCCUAAUAUGGUGCCCUUCAUAGGACUCUGAUGGCUGUAAUUUCAACCACAAAUUGGCCAUAGAAGAGAUAAAUGUCAAAUCAGUUAAACUCUACUGGCAACAACAGGCGUUGAUCCACUUUCAGGGCAAGAAAUUUGCUCAAACCAGGAAGGAAACUGUUUAAAACUGCAAUUCAGACCAUAUUACAGUUUCACAAUUUCUAUAUUUGAACCAACAACUUUUCUCUUUAAAAGCUUUUAUAAUCAAAAGCAAACAUUAAAAUGUGUUAGCAUUGUUUUGAAUUGCCUUGAAAGUGAAUCAGUGCCCCAGAUGAGCGAUUUAGCAACGAUCAUGCUAAUACAUGUGCCUCUAGCCAACACCCAUUAAUACAGAAGUGUCAUAGUUUCAGGGCUGCAACAAAGUUUUAUUCACAGGUUAUUUUACAAAAAUAUUUUCUCGUCAGUUUAGUUAGAUAUUAGUUCUACGAAGUAUACUAAAUAGCAUCAUAUCGACAUCGUCAGCCAUUAGGCCUAAUUAAAUACUUCUCAUAUUUAGGCUCAAUUAACUUGAUUUGAUUGGUUCUUUGCGGCUGAAUUGAUUAAAUUAUCAGUGAAUGUCCGCAGCCCUGCAUGACCAAACCUGUUACCAUCAUAUUUUUUUGGAAAAGAAAUGUAUCACAUUCCUUUACAUUAGGUCUCAGUUGAUGUCAAAGAACAUAUAUUUUACAUUUUUAAUGUAAUGCCAAAAUAUGUUGGUGAAAAUGUUUAUGGCCGAAUUUAGAUAGUUUACCUCGUGGUAUGUCCUAGAUUAAAAAAAACAAGAUGUCUGAUUCAAAAGACAGCCAUCAGUGUAUAAGGUUAGUGUUACAUGUUCUCUGAGACUCGUUAAAAUGUCUGUGUCCUCUCAGAAGUUGAGAAAUCGAUACAACUUACUAAAUCACAUGAAGAUAUGAAGUGAAUGAGAGAUUCCACUGAAAAUGACUUUUAGGGUUUUCUUUGUUUCCUAAAAUACCCAAUUUCUUUAAACUUAUUUUGAAAGAAAGAACUCAUCCUGUAUCAUAGCUGCACAUCUAAAAUUGUAGAAAGUAUGUAUUGAUUUAGUAGAAACAGAAUAUACAAGCAGUCCUAAAAUCUCUUGUCAUUUUUAUUGUUGGGUUCAUAACUUUUAAUUUUGGGGAAACCCUUUUGCAGAAUAAUAAAGUAGACACACAUUUAAUCGAUAAUCCCCCCUAAAGCAGGUGCCAACAUGGCCUUCUGAUGUCAGUUUUGCUGAAAUGUUAAAAAGUCUGUGUUUUAUAACCUCAACUACUCCUGGGUCAAAUCACGUGUAAAAAUUAUUCAUAGGGAUUGUUUUAAGAUGACGUGGGCACCAGAUAUGUGGAUUUUCUGAAUGAGACACAGAUGAGUUACUUGCAAAAGCUGUUUGAUCCUGGGUCUCCUCCCAAUAUAAAACAAAACACAAUAAGUCUCCUCUGUUCUGUCGCUAUUACAUCACCUUUGUCUUUUGUUUUCAUAAUGCAAUGCACACGUUAUGAAAUGUAUAUAGUGUACAAUAAAAAUGGGUUUGUUUUACAUACUGUAUAAUUGCCUAUAUUUUGGUUCAGAAGUGUAACAGAUUUAUGAGAUGACAGGUUAACACAUUAAAAAGAAGGAACUGAA